AUUGAUUCACAAGUUAUAAGUUCACAUAUCCGUUUCCUUAACAUCAAUAUUGAUAAACAUCUAGUUUGUAUGUUGCAUACAUAUUACAAUGGAUAUUAUUUCUAUGUUAUGCAUUUACUGUUUCUUAUUCUUAACAACUGUGGUUGAAAUUGAAAGUAUCAGAUGCUACGAAUGUACUUCUCAAUUUACAUCUUCCUGUGGAAAGGACUUCAAACUUAAAUCGUCGGACACAAAUUAUAUCACGAACGACCAGUGUAAAAGAUGCUUGAAAAGGAUAACAAUUCAACCUAAUAUAACAGUGUAUUCAAGAGAAUGUUCUGGAGCCACUGUCGAUGGCUGUAAUACAGUAUCACCACAAGAGGAACAAUGCUUCUGUCAAACAGAUCUUUGUAACAAAUCAUCUAACAUGACUGUAACUAUAGCAACAGUUAUUAUUAAUACAAUGUUAUUUUUUAUUUUAAGAUAGAAUAAAAAUUUUAUUCAGAGACCUA